GUCAGUCAAGUGGCGAAUGCUUAGACGUUGCUCAAAAAAUACUGUUUUCAAUUCAAAAUCGAAUAGCUCGCUCAGCAACAAAAAACAGCGUUUAUCUGAUUACACAGAUUAUUUGAUCGAACCAGAACUCGCAUCUAUUAUUCGUCAAGCUCAACUGAUCUGCCAAAAGAAUUGCAGUUGAAUGUCGGUGACGGUGAAGAAAGGGUCGGGUAAUCAGACACAGCGUAGUCGGGGCGGGGAAAAUGAGAACAGUCAGGGAGGCGGUGGUGGUGGGGGAGGCGGAGGUGGGGGAGGAGGAGGGAAGCCGUGCGAGGGGGGCUGUGGAGUGGAGAAGACCGACUUCAACCACUGUGUACACUGUGCUCAGAAGCUUUGCGAUAACUGCAGAACCAAGCACGUCGAGGGUCUCCUGGAGGAGUUCAUGAGCAGUCGGGAGGAGGCGGCCAGUCUUGAAAGAAAGAUCCACAGGAAGAACAUCCGAGACAUCCAGGAUGCACUCGACAGUCUCAAGGUAUCCGAGAACGUCGGUCAAAGGCUCAUUCACGCCACCUUCAAAGAACUGGACAAGCAGCUCAACGCAAGGAAAGCGCAACUGUUGAAGGACUUGCACUUAAGACAUCAAGAGCAAAUGAUUCCUUUGUUGGAGGAAAAAAAGAAGGUAGAGAAGGAAUUGUACUUUGCAAGUGACAAGUUCAAAGACGCAUGCAAGAUAUCCAUCACACCCGUCAGGGGCGAGAAGGCCUCAUCCUACAACAAGAUGCCAGACGGAGAAUUUGCGCUGAUCUGCGUAAAUACGACCAAAGCACAGGAGAGCAUCCAGGAGUUCGCGGACAUCAAAGAAAAAAUGGAGCAAAUCGCUGCUCCCGCCCAGGUCAGACUGGCGUAUGAAGAAGAUUUGAACCAGAUGAAAGAGCAAAUCCAGAAUUUUGCUGAUGUAGAAGUACAGGCCAAAGAAGACAAGAAAAAAGACAAAAGCGGACAAAAUAGUCAGAAUCAGACCCAGAACAACAGCAGAAAAGAGUCCACUACGGAUAACAAACAACAACAGCAAAAGAAAAAGUAGACUUGAUCUGCGAAUUGCACAUUUAACCAAGCCAUUAACGAUGAAAUUUAUCAAAACCACAAAAUAGAAAAAGUAAAAACCAAUUCGACACAAUUUAAUUGAAGCCAAUAGUUAUUUUUAAAUUCUAAUCUUCAAAAUAAAUUUCUUCAAAGGAUGAGAAGUUUGCACUGGACAAAAAAUUGACCAAUUAAAAAGAAAAAAUGAAAAAAUUCAUCUUGAAUGAAGGCUCUGAAAUUUGUAGAAUCUGAUUCCUGUCGUCGUUGUGAUUCGUAAAGUGCAGUUUGCAAGUUUGUCAGCAAUUCCUUUGAUGAAAUUUGUCUGAUAGCUUGUCUUAGCUUUGCUAACUAUUCCACU